UUUGAUUGUUUGGAGCUGCUUUUCAUCCGGGAGCAAGUGUCACGUGUUAACAGGAGUUUCACGGGGGAGCACGUGUUCUAACAGGCGUUUCCACCGUCGUGUUUUGAAGCAGCUGCCUCUGGUUGCGGACUCUGGGCUAGCACUUCUAGCGGGACAGGCCCGAGCUCGCAGCGGAAGGGACCGAGCUGGCACCACCAGUAGGCGCUGGGUCACCUCUGGCGAGCUCUCAGGCCUACCCGCGCAGUGGCCUGGCCACUCUGCUGGGGCAGGGACUGCCCCUCCAGGCUGCCCAGGGCCACCUUCUGCGCGCAGCCGCUCCGGGCCGCCCGCGUCCGCCUCGCUCGCCUCGGCCUUUUCGCGCAGGCCGCGGAGGUUCGGGGCGCGGCCGUCCUUACGGCCGUGACAGUUCGCGUUCCCGGCCCGCGCGGCGGCUGUGCCUUCCCUGCAGCGGGUGAAGUUGCCGCGCCGCGCGCUCCGGGGUCGGCGCUCCCCAACCUCCGAGUUCCCGCCCGCGCGCUCCCGGCGCACCCGGCUCCGGCUCUGGCUCCCCAGUACCGCGAGGUCUCCACACCUGGCUACCAAAUUCCAGAAAGAAAUUGGAAAUUGAAGAUUUAAGGAUAGAAUGUUGUUUUACAGUAUUCUCACUCACUUCAAACAACACAUGCCAGAAACUUAAAAAGUCAGGUUAUGAAAGGGAAGAGUAUUGCGUGGAGUCCCGAUGAGAAUCUCUGGAAGGCUUGCAUCUCCCAACUUGAAGGCGCUGUGCGGAGAGGCUGGCCCUGGGUCCUGAUUGCCCUUCUGCCAGAAAGACACAGGCAGCCAAAGAUGAGUUUGGGGAAAGCAGCCGCUUGCUGCUUUAACCAUGGAAAAGCACGGCCGCAGUGAGAUGGAAAUGGUCCCAUCAGAGCCUCACUCCUUCAUCAAGUUGUUGAAAGUCAACCGGGAGCAUCUGGUCACUCACAUCCGAAACACUCAGUGUCUGCUGGACAACUUGCUGCAGAAUGACUACUUCUCCACUGAAGAUGCAGAGAUCGUGUGUGCCUGCCCCACGCAGCCCGACAAGGUCCGCAGAAUUCUGGACCUGGUACAGAGCAAGGGCGAGGAGGUGUCCGAGUUCUUCCUCCACGUGAUCCAGCAACUCGCAGACGCUUAUGUGGAUCUCAGGCCUUGGCUGUCAGAGAUUGGCUUCUCCCCUUCGCCACUCAUUCAGAGCAAAGCUGUUGUCAACACUGACCCAGUGAGCAGAUACAGCCAGAAGCUGCAGCAGCAACUGGGCCAGGACUCCAAGUUCAUUCUGUGCUAUGCUCAGAAGGAGGAGCUGCUGUUGGAGCAGAUGUACACGGACACGGUGGUGGAGCUUGUCAACUUCAGCAACGAGAGCCUGGGCAGCCUGGACAGCCUGGCCUGCCUCCUGGACGCAACCACGGGCGUCCUCAACGAGCAGGGUGAGAUCAUCUUCGUGUUUGGCGAUGCAGGCAUGGGCAAGUCCAUGCUGCUGCAGCGGCUGCAGAGCCUCUGGGCAGCGGGCCAGCUGGACCCAGGGAUCAAGUUCUUCUUCCACUUCCGCUGCCGCACCCUCAGCUGCUUCAAGAAGAGCGCGGCACUGUGUCUGCAGGACCUGCUCUUCAAGCAUUACUGCUACCCAGAGCAGGACCCCGGGGAGGUUUUUGCCUUCCUGCUGCGCUUUCCCCACACAGCCCUCUUCACCUUCGACGGCCUGGACGAGCUGCACUCAGACUUCGACCUGAGCAGCGAGCCCGACACCUCCUCCCCUUGGGAGCCCGCCCACCCGCUGGCCCUGCUGGCCAGUCUGCUCAGUGGGAAGCUGCUCAAAGGGGCGCGCAAGCUGCUCACGGCCCGCACGGGCGUCGAGGUCCCGCGACAUCUCCUCUGGAAGAAGGCGCUCCUGCGCGGCUUCUCCCCCAGCCACCUGCGCGCCUACACUGGGAGGAUGUUCCCCGAGCGCGCUGUGCGCCAGCGCCUGCUGGAUCAACUGGAGGCCAACCCCAACCUCUGCAGCCUGUGCGCGGUGCCCCUCUUCUGCUGGAUCAUCUUCCGGUGCUUCCAGCACUUCCACGACACCUUUGAGAGCUCCCCGCAGCUCCCUGAUCUCACGGUGACGCUGACUGACAUCUUCCUGUUGGUCACCGAGGUCCACCUGAACAGGACGCAGCCCACCAGCCUGGUGCAGCAGAACACUCGGAGCCAGACGGAGACCCUCCGCGCCGGCCGGGACACCCUGUGCUCGCUGGGCCGGGUGGCUCACAGGGGCAUGGAGAAGAGCCUCUUUGUCUUCAACCAGGACGAGGUGCAGGCGUCCGAGGUGCGGGAGGGGGACCUGCAGCUGGGCUUCCUUCGGACCGUGCCGGAGCUGGGCCUCGGAGAGGAACAGCAGUCCUAUGAGUUCUUCCACCUAACCCUCCAGGCCUUCUUUGCUGCCCUGUUUCUAGUGGUGGACGACAAGGUAGGCACUAGGGAGCUGCUCAGGUUCUUCCAGGAGUGGACUCCUCCCGAGGAGGCUGUGGCCACAUCGACCUGUUUUCCUCCUUUUCUCCCCGUCCAGUGUCUGGGGGGCCGUGGCCUGCAUGGGGAAGACCCCUUCAAGAACAAGGAUCACUUUCAUUUCACCAACCUCUUCCUGUGCGGGCUGUUGUCCAAAGGCAAACAGAAACUCCUGCGACACCUGGUGCCCACAGCUGCCCUGCGGCGAAAACGCAAGGCCCUGUGGACUCACCUGUUCGCCAGCCUGCGCUCCCACCUGAAGAACCUGCCCCGGGUGCAGUCUGGGGGCUUCAGCCAGGUGCAGGCCCUGCCUACCUUUAUCUGGAUGUUGCGCUGCAUCUUUGAGACGCAGAGUGAGAAGGCGGGGCAGCUGGCAGCCAGGGGCAUCUGUGCCAACUACCUCAAGCUGACCUUCUGCAACGCCUGCUCGGCUGACUGCAGUGCCCUCUCCUUCGUCCUGCAUCACUUGCGCAAGCGGCUGGCGCUCGACCUGGACAACAACAACCUCAACGACUUCGGCGUGCGUGAACUGCAGCCAUGCUUCAGCCGCCUCACUGUCAUCAGACUCAGUGUGAACCAGAUCACUGACAGUGGGGUGAAGGUGCUAUAUGAAGAGCUGACCAAAUACAAAAUUCUGACAUUUUUAGGCUUAUACAACAACCAAAUCACCGAUGUCGGAGCCGGGUACAUCGCCAGAAUCCUGGAUGAGUGCAAAGGCCUCACACACCUGAAAUUGGGAAAAAACAAAAUAACAAGUGAAGGAGGAAAGAGUCUCGCUCUGGCUGUGAAGAACAGCAAAUCCAUCUUUGAAGUCGGGAUGUGGGGCAAUCAAAUCGGUGAUGAAGGAGCAAAGGCCUUCGCAGAGGCUCUGAGGAACCACCCCAGCUUGACCAACCUGAGUCUUGCAUUCAACGGCAUCUCUACAGAAGGAGGAAAGAGCCUCGCGUGGGCCCUGCAGCAGAAUGCAUCUCUGAGAAUAUUCUGGCUCACCAAAAAUGAACUUGAUGAUGAAGUGGCAGAGAGCUUUGCAGAGAUGUUGAAAGUCAACCAGACAUUGAAACAUUUAUGGCUUAUCCAGAACCAGAUCACAGCCAAGGGGAUUGCCCAGUUGGCAGAAGCAUUACAGAAGAACACUGGCAUAAUGGAGAUUUGCUUAAAUGGAAACUUGAUAAAGCCCGAGGAGGCCAAGGUCUUUGAAGAUGAGAAGCGGAUUGUCUGUUUCUGAGGGGAUAUUUUCUCAUGGGUGGGUCUUGGCCCUGGGGGCAACUCAGUGCAGUCGCCUGGCUUGGAUGGUGGCAUCCAGGGUCUGCUAAGGUGGGACUUCUAGGAAUCCAGCCUUCAUGAUGCAGAUCAAGUGGGAUCUGGCAGAGAUCCCUCCAACUGGCAGAGGCCCCGAGUAGUUGUUACAAUUCUGCAGGAAAAAGCAUGAGCCAUUUUAGUGACUGUAAACUUUCUAUAAAGAGAUGUUAAUGCA